AUCUUUCAAUCAAAACUGAUAUAACUCACUCUCUAAUAUAAUUCAUAUCCUUUUUUCUUCUUUGAAUCACCAAUCAUGUCUCAACAAUCAUUCAAUGCUGGACAAACCAGAGGCCAUGCUCAAGAGAAGGCAGAGCAGUGGACUGAGUCCGCCAAGCAGACUGCACAGUCAGCAUGUGACAAGACCGCAGAUGUAGCGCUAUCAGCACGUGACAAGACUGCCAAUUUGACACAAUCAACACAAAGCAAGUCUGCAGAUGCAUCUCAUUCUACCCGAGAAUCUGCUCAGCAUGGCCAGGAACAAACCGCUGGUUUUCUCGGUCAGACCGGUGAAUCUGUGAAGAACAUGGCUCAGGGUGCUUUCGAUGGUGUUAAGAAUAGCCUUGGCAUGAACGAGAAGAAAUGAGGAAAUGAGUAUUCGUACUUCUCAAAUAACUAUUUAUAUAUUCAUGGCUAUUUCUGGUGUCUAGCAAUUUUUUAUUUCUCUAAAUUAUGUUUGUAAUAAAUAUAUUUUUGA